CCACUCGAAGAGAGAAAGAUGUGGAAACCAGUUUAUAGAACACAGACAAGAAAUUCCCUUUAAAUUAUUGCUACUCCACCAAACAUACCUCCAUCUUCAGCCUCAGCCGCCGCCGCCGCCGCGGUUCUCUGAUACCAUUCAGCCCUAGACUCACAAGGUCGUUCAUAAUCCAAUAGAAAAAAGCGCGUUGUCGAUUAGAUCCUUCAACGUUACAUCAUUAGCAGGGAGAGCUACUCUGUUUAAUUAGCUCUCUCUGCCUCUCAACUCCCCUGAUAUCACCCCAAUUUGUCGAACAAUCUCGUUUAUUAUCUAGUUGUUACAAUGGCGACACCUACAUACCUAUGUGGAUCUAAGACCCCGUGUUAUUUCUCCAAGAGUGCUUCGUCGUUCUCCCGAUCCAUGUGUUCACAGCAGCAAAAGCUCAAUUUUGCUUCAUUUGGUGGAGCGUGUAGAGUGGUUCAGUGUCCAACUCAAAGCAGGGGAAGAGGUGUGAGGGUUGUUUGUAAUGUACAAAAGGUAGAUGUCCUCACCAGAAUUGAACCCGAAAGUCAAGCUUCAGAAGGAUUAAGCAACCGGCUAUCAUGUGUGAUGAAGUUUGGUGGAUCGUCUGUGGCCUCAGCAGAAAGGAUGAAGGAAGUAGCUGACCUAAUCCUCAGCUUCCCAGAAGAGAGUCCUGUCAUUGUUCUUUCUGCCAUGGGCAAGACCACCAACAAGCUUAUAGCGGCUGGAGAGAAGGCUGCAAGUUGUGUUUCCAUUGUGUCUGAAAUUGAUGAAUUAGCCUUUUUGAAAGAACUCCAUUAUAGGACAGUGGAAGAGCUUGGAUUAGAAAAAACACUCAUUGAGGAUCACCUAGAAAAACUGGAGCGACUUCUGAAUGGGAUUUCUGUACUGAAAGAGUUCACACCACGUGCAAGGGACUAUCUGGUCUCAUUUGGGGAAUGCAUGUCCACAAGGAUAUUCUCUGCAUACUUGAAUAAAAUCGGUGUCAAAGCACGCCAGUAUGAUGCAUUCGAUAUCGGUUUCAUAACAACAGAUGACUUUACUAAUGCGGAUAUUUUGGAAGCAACUUAUCCAGCUGUAGCCAAAAGACUAAAUGGUGAUUGGAUUAGGGAUCCUGCAAUCCCUAUUGUCACUGGUUUCCUUGGAAAGGGUUGGAGAACUUGUGCUGUGACCACAUUGGGUAGAGGUGGUAGUGAUUUAACUGCCACAACCAUUGGUAAAGCACUUGGUUUGCGAGAAAUUCAGGUAUGGAAAGAUGUGGAUGGUGUCUUGACAUGUGACCCUAAUAUAUAUUCGGGUGCAGAACCUGUCCCAUAUUUGACUUUUGAUGAAGCAGCUGAACUUGCAUAUUUUGGUGCUCAGGUCCUACAUCCACAGUCAAUGAGGCCUGCAAGAGAGGGUGAUAUACCUGUUAGGGUUAAAAAUUCUUACAACCCUAAUGCACCUGGCACCUUAAUCACUAAAUCACGAGAUAUGAGUAAGGCUGUACUUACCAGCAUUGUUUUGAAACGUAAUGUGACAAUGUUAGACAUUGUUAGCACUCGCAUGCUUGGUCAAUUUGGAUUCCUUGCUAAGGUGUUUUCAAUUUUUGAAGAUUUGGGUAUAUCAGUGGAUGUUGUGGCUACAAGUGAAGUUAGCAUUUCCUUAACAUUAGAUCCUUCAAAGCUUUGGAGCAGGGAGUUGAUUCAGCAGGCAAGCGAACUCGAUCAUGUUGUGGAAGAACUUGAAAAAAUUGCUAAAGUCAAUCUCCUUCAACACAGAUCCAUUAUAUCACUUAUUGGAAAUGUUCAAAGAUCCUCACUUGUAUUGGAAAAGGCAUUUCGUGUUCUUCGGAUGAAUGGAGUGAAUGUUCAAAUGAUAUCGCAAGGAGCAUCGAAGGUGAAUAUAUCACUCAUAGUGAAUGAUAGUGAAGCGGAAAAAUGUGUGAAAGCUUUGCAUUCGGCUUUCUUUGAGAAUGAUAUGUCCGACAUCGAUUGAGAUGAUUGAUUUUGUAGCCAUUUAAUUUAAACGUGUAGUAGCAUAUUUAUUACGUUUUGGCUAGAAACAUUUAUGUUGUUAGGGUUGUUAACUUGUUAUUCAAGUCUUUGAUUAUUGAAAACAAGUUGCAUGCCAAAUGAUUUUAUGGGGCUCCUUUUGUAUUUCA